AUGGUGACCACAGAACAAUUGGUAUACAUCAUUGUAAUGUGUGUGGCGGGGAUUGUGACUGUGACAGGAAAUGGCCUCCUUAUAUAUAUCAUGUGUAAACAACGUAGUCUUAGAAAUGUCAGUAAUUUCUAUAUGGCCUCUCUGUCCAUCGCCGACACGGGUGUCGGGUUAUUUGUGAUCGCUGCUAUCGUCGUCACCAUUAUGGAAAUUCCUGUACCGGUUGGUUGGUGUUAUUUUUCUCCUUAUUUUGAACUCUCGACCCUGUCUGCCGGAAUCUUUUCCUCCUUACUCAUCUCCUACGAUCGACACCUGGCCGUGUCUAAGGCGCUGUCCUAUCAUCCGACGAAACGUUCGGCUGUGACGUCAUUGGUGUUAGUUUGGGUUUCAGCAUUCGUCUAUAGUUCGCGUAUAUUUCUGCAGUACGAAGUGGCCAAGUUAUUGAGCAGUGGUUCUGUGUUAGCAGCCGUGGCAAAUGACAAUACUACGUCGAUCUUAACUGAAGACGACGAUGAUAAAAAGAACGGAUUUUGUAAUGUGUUGGCGGAGGAAGAUUACAAUGACUUGAUAUUUAGAUGUAUCGAUUUCGUCUUCCUGUUUAUAAUCCCUAUCACCUGUAUGGUGUAUUGGUAUAGGGGUAUUGUGAAGACCCUGUGGGCUGUUAACGUCACAACUACAGCUAUUAUAGCGAAGAAGAGAAGAGUCGUCAAAUUGCUCAUCAUCAAUGUGGUGGUCUUCUUCGCCUGCUGGAUACCUUUCUAUCUGGCAGACAUAAUCAACGACUCAAUCGCUGUACUGAUGAGUAACCAUGACGAUGAUUUCGAAGAAGACGCUAGCUCAGAGGUCGCCCGACUCUGUCUUAUCUUCUUUGCCGUAUCACAUAGUUAUUUAAACCCUAUCAUUUUUCUAUAUUUUCAUUCAGAAUUUAGAGUGAUACUGUUGUCACUGCUCUGCAAAUGCGUUUCUAAAAGGCGCAUGCGCGUUGAACAACAGACGGAAUACAGACUGAACACUAUUAGUUAA